UCGGGCCGAGUCACGUGCUCUCCGGCCACCGUGUCCAGUCAUGUGACACGGAUCAUAUGAGUGCGAGGAAGUGGGAGAAGCGAGACAAAUACGUUUGAGAAAGAGGAAGUGAAGGAGAGCGGCUGCGAGGAGCGGUACCGCACCCCGGGGAGACGAUGCUUCCCUUUCUGUUCUGCGCUGUGCUCCUGGGAGCUCUAUCAGUAGAUGCUGCACCUUCUUCCGAUGAGAUCACUUAUCUGCCGGGGCUUAAGAAGCAGCCAUCUUUCCGCCAGUUCUCAGGCUACUUGGACGUGCCUGGAGGAAAGCAUCUCCACUACUGGUUCGUAGAGGCUCAGAAGAAUCCCAGCUCUAGACCCCUGGUCCUGUGGAUGAAUGGCGGUCCUGGCUGUAGCUCUCUGGAUGGACUGCUGACAGAACAUGGACCCUUCAUUAUCCAACCCGAUGGAACAUCGCUGGAAUACAACGACUUCUCUUGGAACAUGAUUGCAAAUGUCUUGUAUCUUGAGGCUCCAGCCGGUGUAGGCUUCUCCUAUGCUGAUGACAAGAACUAUAAGACCAAUGAUACUGAGGUUGCCCAUAAUAACUAUCUGGCCCUGAAGGAAUUUUACAGGCUCUUCCCAGAAUACAGUAAAAGCGAUCUUUUCAUCACAGGGGAGAGCUAUGGAGGGGUUUAUGUCCCAUCGCUGGCUGUGGAAGUCUCCCAAGACGCCAGUAUAAAUCUUAAAGGAAUUGCUGUUGGCAAUGGACUGAGCAGCUACGAGGCUAAUGACAAUUCUCUGGUUUUCUUUGCUUAUUACCAUGGAAUCCUGGGCAGUGACCUUUGGUCUGAAUUGCAGAAAUUCUGCUGUAAAGAGGGAACUUGUCAGUUCUACAACAACCCCGACACUGAGUGCUCCCUGCGGGUGCAGGAGGCCAUGCAUGAUGUAUACAGCAGUGGACUGAACAUCUAUAAUCUGUAUGAGAACUGUCCCGGCGGGGCCCCUGGAGAGAUCCGGGACAAAGGAGAUCACAUAGCUGUCUAUUACCCCGGGCUAAUUUCACCAAAAAUGCAUGUGCACUUUGAGAAAAAGCUGGUUCUUCUCUCCAGCGUAGCGAAGCCUGUUAAAAUGGACCCACCGUGUGUGAACAGUACGGCUUCCAGCACCUACCUAAACGACCCAUUUGUGAGGAAGGCCCUGCAUGUUUCUCCUGAGGUCAACAAAUGGGAGGUGUGCAGUUUUGAUGUCUACCGGAACUAUGGGCGCGUGUACGAGACCAUGAAGGACCAUUACUUAAAGCUGCUCAGCACUCUGAAAUACCGUAUUCUGGUGUAUAAUGGAGAUGUAGACAUGGCCUGCAAUUUCCUGGGUGACGAAUGGUUUGUGGAUUCUCUGCAGCAGAAGCUGCAGGUAAAGCGCCGGCCAUGGCUUUAUCCAGAUGGAGGCCAGCAGCAGAUUGGAGGGUUUGUGAAGGAGUUCUCCAACCUAAGUUUCCUUACAAUCAAGGGAGCGGGUCAUAUGGUGCCUACAGACAAGCCCAGCUCUGCCUUUGUCAUGUUGAGCCGCUUUCUUAACCACGAGCCUUUCUAAAGAGAGAUUGUGACCACACAAUAUUUAUUGGGGUCUACUUCAAGAUCCCGGAGCACGUCGUGUGCAAUCUGCUCUACAACGACUGCGCUUCCUUGACCAAACUCUUGUGUCCUCCUCACCUGUGUGUCUCCUAUGAACGGGUCCUUGUCUCAGGGCGGUUAUUAGCACUGGAAUCCAAUUAUUCUCCAUUUUUCUGAAGGGUGUUUUUAUUUUAUAAAUGAAGAACGUUUUAUCAGAUCUGUGGCCUCAGUCAUCAUCGUGUCCCUCGUGAGACUCCUGCCAUGUGAUCUCGCAUAUUUCCGCUGUAUGUCACACAGUGUGAUUGAUUUAUGCACAACGAAAUGUAUUUUUAUUUUUUUCUGCAAAUCUUCGGUAAACUGAGAUCACUAACUUCAAUAAAAAAUUAUUAAUUUC